AACCAGUUGCAAAUCCCCCAGCACCUGAAAUCACAUUCAGAAACGUUAGAAACCCUAAAACUCCAGUUAUCAGUCCCCUUCAUGUAAAAUCUCCCCAAAAUGUACGUUUCCUGGCUGUCUAUCACGCACAUGUUGUCCUUCCACCGAUUCCAAAGUCAUUGUCUACCACAUGAACCUCCAACGUACGAGGAAACAAGUUCAAGUGCCUCUAACCUCCAAAUGUGAAGCUCCAAUUGGCUAAAAUGUGUCAACAAGCCAUCAAUUCCCCCCGAAUAUCCAGUUCAUCGUGAUAAAACCCAAUCAUAUGUAUUUAUUCCCCCAUUUAAUCACAUUACAAUGACUUAUAUACGACAUUUCCUUGAUGAUGUGACACAGGUGAACGAAACAUCAACAAUUAGUCAGUGCUGGUAGUUCAACGCAAAAGAAAUUAUUCCCUCGAUCAAAACCUUGAAAUUCACAUUGAAAUAAAUCAGCAAAAUGACUUCUCAUGUGCCUCAUGUUAUGACCCUGGCCAACAGUAUCAUCGGUGUGAGUGUAUUGGCGAUGCCUUUUUGCUUCAAACAAUGUGGAAUUGCCCUAGCAACAGUGGUCUUACUACUCUGCAGUUUACUGUCAAGACUGGCAUGUCAUUUCUUGAUAAAAUCAGCUGUGAUGUCCAGAAGAAGAAACUUCGAAUUUCUGGCGUUUCAUGCUUUUGGUCACAUGGGAAAAUUCCUGGUGGAGCUCUUCAUAAUCGGAUUCUUACUGGGGACGUGUAUCGCCUUCUACGUUGUCAUUGGUGAUCUUGGGCCCCAGAUCAUUGGAAAGAUGUUGAACAAGAAUCCAGAGGACAUCAGAAUCAGCUUUCUCCUGACAACUGGAGCACUCAUUGUUCUACCUCUGGGUUUGCUGAGGAAUAUUGACAGUCUGUCCACCAUUUGUACAGCCACUAUAGGUUUCUACAUCUGUUUGGUGCUGAAGGUGAUCAUUGAAUCGACGAAUCACAUUUUCAAGGGCGAUUGGUACGACAAAGUCAACUACUGGCGACCUGCUGGCAUUCUCCAAUGUUUGCCCAUAUUCUCAAUGGCGUUGUUCUGCCAGACUCAACUGUUCGAAAUUUAUGAAUCAAUUCUCAAUGUCUCCUUGGAGAAGAUGAACCUCGUGGUGAGGGGAGCACUCAAUAUCUGUACAAUGGUGUACCUGUGUGUGGGAUUUUUUGGUUACAUCGCAUUUUGCAGUGAACCAUUUACAGGAAACAUUCUGAUGAUUCUCGAGCCCAGUGCAACAUCUGACAUGAUUAAAAUUGGAUUUGUACUCUCUGUAUUAUUCAGCUUUCCUCUGGUGAUAUUUCCAUGUCGAGCGAGCCUGAAUUCCCUCCUCUUUCGACGAGUCCAAACACAUGAACCAACGAACAAUUACAUUCCAGAAAUGAGAUUCAGGUGCUUGACACUGAUUAUCGUGACAGUGGCACUGAUCACUGGAAUUAUGAUGCCAAAUAUUGAGUUUGUUCUUGGCCUGGUUGGAUCAACAAUCGGGGUUAUGAUUUGUCUGAUACUUCCCACAGCGUGUUUCAUUGUCAUCAGCACUAAAGACACCAAUGAACGACUGCUGGCUCAGGUGAUCUCAUUCGUUGGAGUUUGUAUUAUGAUUCUGGGGACUUAUGCCAAUUUAUAUGCCAUGGAGGAAGCCUCCACUUCGAGGAUAACGGUCCCCACUGGAAAACCUGUCAUUCAGAUCAAUAACAUUGAUCUGAAUCUGAUUAAAAAUAAUGAACAACUCCAAAAUAUCAAUAAACUUCAGCCAAAUUUCAACCUCGACAGUGCAAAAAUUCCCGACAUGAUGAGUAUUCCCCAGGAAAGUUUGAGGGGUAAAGAGCCCCUCAAACAAGUCGACCAAGUGGCUCCAGUGAAGGCAGUUGAGCCUGAACUUCCCCCGGAGCCUCUAAAACCAGCAGCAGAGGCAAUAGCACCCCCAGGAGACCCACCCCAAGCCAAAGACACAAUAAAACAGGAUCAGCAGGCCAGCGAAAUCCUGAUCAACUCAGAAGCAAAGAAGAACGAAUACGCUGAAGUGGCUCACCCAAACGUCAAAUUAACCGGAGAAUCCAAUGACGAAGUAAAGCAACACCACUUCCUGAAGAAACUCGAGGAGCACAAAACCGACAUUCGUAAGCUGAUCGAGGAGCAGAAGGUUCUCCUCCAGGAUAUCGAGCACCACAAGGAGGAGCUGGAGAUGGAGAAGAGGAAAAGACUGCAGGACAAAGAGCCCACUGACGAGGACAAAAUAAACGAUCCAUCGAAGAACGAAAAUAUUCUCUCAAAGAAUGAAAUUCCCCAGGAGUCGGAGGUCAAAAUCAAAUCUUCUGAUUCUGGUGUGAAUGAUAAGAAAGAGAGGGACACGAGUGGAUACCUUGGAAAAGUUGAAAGUCCUGGAGAUUCCAAAGUGAUGGAGAACUCGUCUCUAGGUGAACGACAAAAUGUGAAGAAUUUUAAUGCAGAAUCGGUGAAUCAGAGCACGAUUGGGUCUAGGGGUCCCAUUGUGGAUGUCUUGACGAACUGGACGGCCACCAGGAAGGACUCGCAGGUGAUUGCGAACCCUGGGAGCCAGUCCCAGGAUGUUUCGGUGAAGAAGGAGGUGGAGGAGGUGAAGAAAAAUGUUUAUCAGCUGCCGAUACCUCUGCAGUUGAUCAAUCAGACGAAGGAGAAGGGAGAGGCCAACGGGGAUGGGGUGAAGGGUCAGACGGGUCAACGAGACGUUAGGGAGAACAGUCGGGAUAAGAGGGAAGUUCAGGGGAGUGAGGGUGUCCAGGGUGAAGGACGUUAUGAGGGAAAGGAAUUAGGGAGAGGGAAUACGUCGGCGAGUGCUCUUGAUGUCCAGCUCGAUGAUGAAUUCCAAAUGCCGAAUAAGAGAGAUUUGAAGAAUUUGAAAGGUUCGUGAAAUUUGGGGAUUUUGUGGGGGUUUUUUAUGGUACAAAGUGAUGCAUUUUUUUGUCAUUUAUUUUAGGGGGUAUUUAAUAAUUAUUGUAAGCAGUCGUUCGAUAGAUGAAAUUCGGUGGGAGACGGAGUUGGAAAUGAAAAUAACAGCGACUGAUCUUAGAGAGGGGGGGGGGGUAAAAAUCGAGGGAUGUGAGGGGGAAUGUCGAGAGAAUAGAAAAUGUUAUGAAUUUUAGAAAUUAAAAUUAAAUUAAUUUAAUUAAUUAGGGCAGAAUCUGUGAAUGUCAGAUCGAGUGGGCUUAGAGGAGGAAUUAGUGACACAAAAUGCAUGUGAUAAUUCCCCUGAAGCCUCACGAGAAUGAUGAAUUGAAAAUUUCAAAGAAAAGAUAUGGAAGGAUUUGAUACGGUCGUGAAAUUAAAAAUUUUCAAUUUAUUUUUUGAUUUGAGGUAGAAAGUGAAGGAUUUUCUUUUCACUACAAUUUGUUUCUUCUAUAAUUACUUAUGAUAUUCGGGAAUAAAUAUCUCCAACUGCGAACAAAGUGUCUGAGUUCCUAGAAAAACCGACGUGAGUUAUGUGAAACAUUCAGACACUUUAGUUUAAAUUCAUUAGAAUAUUAAUGAGGUGAGGACAGGGGACUUCAGUCGAUUUUUCAGUCCUCAGAAAAAAUUAUUGGACCUCAGAUAAAAUUGAAUAAAAUAAUUUCGUCGGUUUUUGGGCCCAUUAUAUCAAACAUAUUCAAUGACUUCAGUCCAGAAGAUUUUUAUUUCCUCAUUUAAGUUGAUAUUUCCCUAUUUUUCAUUUAAAUUUACUUUGAAAAUAAAUUUUACAAUUUUUUUUAUGAUAUCACUGACUGACUCGAAGUGCCCGUAAAGUGUUUGAAAUUCUCAUAAAUCAUGAAAUUUAAUGUACAAAUGUUUACACGUUAUUGCGCCUUCUUCCACGAGAAAAUGUCUCUCGAAAUUAUUUAUAGAAGAAUUCAACAGGGGGAUGUCAUUUUCUGACAAAUUUUUUCCGACAAUAAUUCUUCCACCCAAUUUUAUAAAUUGUUUUCCCUCUAUUUUCCCCCAGUUUUCAUUGAAAAAGUGUAUAAAUUAUUACUAGUUAUGUAAUGGUAAUCAUUAACUAUAUAAUUCCCCGAAAAUUUAUACCAAAUUCGCUAGGUUUUUCAAUAGUAUUUUUCCGUAUCUGUGACCUCUAUUUUUCUACUCCUACGAGAUUCUACAUGCUGAUGAGCCUGUACUACUUCCAGAACUGUACAAAAUCUGUAAUAUAUAUUUUUAAUUAAAAAUUAAUGAAGCGUGAAA